AUGAGCGGUGAAGAAAUGGAAUGCCAUGAGCUUGGACAACCUGGAGAAAACUGGCUGAAACCUGGAGAAGAGAAGGAUGAGGCAGUGGCUGGAGGGAGGCACCGGUCUGGAGGCUUGGAGUACUUCCAGGAGCACCAUCUGCAGGAGACUGGGGCAGGAGGCACGCGGCCCUCCGGGACCCCCCGGCCGCCCUGGGUGGCGCCCGCUCUGUCCGCCGUGCUCAUCGUCACCACCGCGGUGGCCAUCGUGGGCAACCUCCUGGUCAUCCUCUCGGUGCUCGGGAACCGCAAGCUCCGGAACGCAGGUAAUUUGUUCUUGGUGAGUCUGGCAUUGGCUGACCUGGCCUUGUACCCCUACCUGCUAAUCCUCUUGGCCAUCUUCCACGACGGCUGGGCCCUGGGGGAGGUGCGCUGCAAGGCCAGCGCCUUUGUGAUGGGCCUGAGCGUCAUCGGCUCCGUCUUCGACAUCACCGCCAUCGCCAUUAACCGCUACUGCUACGUCUGCCACAGCGUGACCUACCACCUCAUCUACUGCCACUGGCACACCCCCCUCUACAUCUGCCUUGUCUGGCUCCUCACCUUGCUGGCCCUGGUACCCAGCUUCUUCGUGGGGUUCCUGGAGUAUGACCCACGCAUCUACUCCUGCACCUUCAUCCAGACGGCCAGUGCCCGGUACACGGUGGCAGUGGCGGUCGUCCACUUCCCCCCCAUGGCUGUUGUGUGCUUCUGUUACCUGCGCAUCUGGGCGCUGGUGCUCCGGGCCUGCAGGAAGGUCAAGUCGGAGGACAAGCCAUGCCUGUGGUCCAGUAACAUCCGGAGCUUUCUGACCACGUUCGUGGUGUUUGUGAUCUUCGUCAUCUGCUGGGCAUCGCUGAACUGCAUAGGCCUUGCUGAGGCCAUAGACUCAGAAGUGGCUCUCCAGGUCCCAGAGGGCCUCUUUGUCACUAGCUAUUUCCUGGCUUAUUUCAACAGCUGCCUUAAUGCCAUCGUCUAUGGGAUCCUGAACCAGAACUUCUGCAGGGGAUACAAGAAGAUCGCCUCUGCCCUCUGGAACCCAUGGCACUACCUGCAGGACUCUUCCAAGGGCAGCCGGGCGGAGGGGCCAGAAAGCCAGGCUCCCCCAGUGGUUAACAUCCAGCCCCCCGUCCAGGCAGAUGCUCUCUUGCGUGAUCCCCGGCCGGGCGACAAACUCCUGAAAUGA